AGAAGCGGUCAUUCUGCAUCCUCUCUGCCACACACUUUCUGAAGUUUUAUAACUUUGCUGUAUCAUCUGUAUUACCAUGAAGAUGUUUCCUGUGUGUGUGUUUGUUUGUGCUGUGAUGAUUCUGACCCAUGCUGCUGUUCUCCCUGGAGGAGGGACUGCAACUAAUCAAACAGCCAAAAGUCACCUGGUCAAGAGGUCCUCUGAUUGUCCUGGUGGUUGGACUCCGUUGAGUGGCCGCUGCUUCUUCUACGUUCCAGGACGCAUGACAUGGGCUAAGGCAGAGAGAAACUGCUUGGUCAUGGGGGCCAACCUUGCAUCUGUGCACAGCAUCACAGAGUACCAUGGGAUUCAGCACCUGAUAGUGACUGCCAGUCAUGGCUACCAAGAAACUUGGAUUGGAGGAAGUGAUGCACAGGAGGAGAAUGCCUGGUUAUGGACUGAUGGAACGUUUUUUCGCUAUUCAAACUGGUGCCGAGGAGAGCCCAAUAAUUUAUGGCGCAACCAGCACUGUCUGCAAAUUAAUCAUAGUGGUUCCAAGUGCUGGGAUGAUGUAGCAUGUAAGGAACAUCGACCUUCUGUUUGUGUCAAGAAAAUGUAAAAUUUCUGUCAAAAUAC